GACCCCGCCUGCCGAGGCGUGGUGCUUCUUGGCCUCAGAGGGUUUGCGGGGUGUUUACCUGGUUUGAUAUUUAUGUAUUAUAUUAACGAUUUCGGGUUCGAAGUCCCCCUGGGCUGCGGGAGCCCGCCUGUCUCGCUCCCCCGGCGCUCCGGCCUGCCGAGAGGCGCGGCGCGGCCCCUCCCGGGCGGGGGGAGGCCCCGGGACAGCCCACGCGUGUUUAAAAGCCUCCAGAAAGAGCCGGGGUGUCGUAAGGCUGCACCUGCGCCCUGUCAGCGCGCAAAAGAAUGUCAGUGGCUGCUUACUGUAUAUUUUGCUAUAGACAAAUAGGAACUUCUGGUCCAGCCACAAAAACACACCUACCAUGGAAUGAUAUCAGAAAAAUUGCAAAGGUAACUGGAUCACUUAUACUAGGAGGUUUUGUAUUCAUUACAUAUGAAGUCCUGUCCUUAAAGAAGUUACUGCAAAUUGAUACUCAAGCUAUACAUCAAGAAAAACUUAAAUCCUAUGUAUAUGUACGUACAGCUUCUCUAAAUCCAGGUGAAUAUCAAGGGAUCACCUACCAAGCUAGAAAAGAAAUUCAUAAAGCAGUGAGGAAAAUUCUAGAAACAGAAGCUAAAAUUUUCCGGAGACCUUUAAAUGAACAAUUCAGUACAUUUGAUGGAGAAGAUCAUGAGUGUGCCUUAUGGCUUCUCUUAAAGAGAAGUCAGUCAGAAGACAAAGAGCUUCGACUGCAGGCUGUACAAGACCUGGCAAACAACAGUCACUGGCAUGAUUAUCAGUAUGGUACAGUUGCCCAAACCUGUGAUCAAAGGACUGCUAUAGGUUUGGCUCGAUCCAAAGAUAUCGACCUUCGCUUUUUCCUGCCUCCACCACCAUUGCCAAAAAUAAAGGAUGAUUAUCCCAUAGAAGAUGAGCUACGCUUGUUGUUAGUAUCUUUACCCCAGACUGGUCUUGAUCCAUGUGUCCAGUACUUUACAUCUCUUGCUUUACGUGAAAGUAGUCAGACUCUCGCUGCACAAAGGGGAGGCUUAUGGUGUUUUGGAGGAAAUGGACUUCCAUAUUGUGAGACAUUGAGUAAAAUCCCUUCAGAGACAGUGGAACUCUUUUGCUUGCAAGCUUUAGUACAGCAUUCUAAGGUUUCUUCUCACUGUGACAAAAUUGAAGCUAAAGGAGGCCUUCAGCUACUACAGAGGAUAUACCAGCUACGUAAAGAUUCAGCAAAAAUACAAAGGAACAUAAUUCGCAUUAUUGGAAAUAUGGCUUUGGAUGAACGUCUACAUUCACCCAUAGUACGUGCAGGUUGGGUUUCUGUACUUGCUGAAGUAAUGAAAUCCCCGAAUGUCAUGCAGUCUUCUCAUGCAUCCAGGGCUUUGGCUAAUCUAGACAGGGACACAGUGAAAGAAAAGUAUCCAGAUGGUGUUUAUGUCUUACAUCCACAAUAUCGUAGCAGUCAGCCCAUCAGAGCAGACAUCCUUUUUGUUCACGGUCUUUUGGGAGCAGCAUUUAAAACCUGGCGACAGCAAGACAUUGACCGACGUUUGGAUAAAAAGGCUUCAGAAGGGGAAGAGGAUUAUAGCCAGUGCUGGCCAAAGACAUGGCUGGCUUCAGACUGUCCUGCCCUUAGAAUCAUAUCUGUGGAAUAUGACACCCAUUUGAGUGACUGGAAAGCAAAAUGUCCUGUUGAGGCUCACAGGAAGUCUAUUGCUUACAGGAGCAAUGAGCUUCUUGACAAGCUCAGAGCUGCUGGGAUUGGAGACAGACCUCUGGUGUGGGUCUCACAUAGCAUGGGUGGUCUUCUAGUCAAAAAGAUGCUGCUGGAUGCUUCCAAGAAUCCAGAAAUGGAUAAAAUUGUAAACAACACCAGAGGAAUCAUAUUUUAUAGCGUACCUCACCAUGGUUCCCAGCUGGCUGAAUAUUCUAUAAAUGCCAGAUAUCUUCUCUUUCCGUCUGUGGAGGUUAAAGAACUCAGCAAGGAUUCUCCUGCCCUUAAAGACCUGAAUGAUGACUUCCUGUCUUUUGCCAAAGAUAAGAAAUUUUCCGUGCUGAGUUUUGCAGAAACCUUACCAACACACAUAGGCAGCAUGAUAAAACUGCAUGUCGUACCUUUGGAAUCAGCAAUUUUUUCUUUUUUUUUUUUUUUCCCCCCUCCUCUCCUAGAGUUAGGAAUUGGAGACCUUAUUCCAGUGGAUGUUAAUCAUCUAAAUAUUUGUAAGCCAAAGAAGAAGGAUGCUUUCCUGUACCAACGUACAUUGAAGUUCAUUCAGGAUGUUUUAGCCCAAGAACUUGGAGACUGAGUUUAUGACAUCCUUGGCUGCUUAUUUUCUCUAUUUGGUAUAACACAGUAAGUUCUUCUCCUAAAAUUUGUUAGGGGAUCUGCAGAACUACAACGAUGCUAUGUCAAUAGUAUCUGCUGCUAAAAUAAUUUUCGAUACAUCUCCCACUUAGACACCUCUCCAACUUAUUUUUAAAAUAUAUUCAAAACAAAUACAAACUGUAGUCCUAUAAACUUGGCAAAAAGAAAAUGUGUGUUGUCUUAGAGAGACUGUGAUCUGUUGACAAAAUGUGUGUAAAUUCUCCAGCAAUUUGACUGGGAGGGGCUGGGAAUUCGGUGGAAAAGAAGUUUCACUUACAGAUAUCCCUCUGAAGCAACACAGCUUGACUAUGGAGAGUGCCCAGAAUAUCUCCUUUGAGCCAAAAAAAAAAAAAGCCUUGCUCUGGAGGUUAAGGUAAAUAUACAUCUGGAACUGAAGUCUGAUAGAGGAUCAGAAGCAGUUAACUGAGGUGGUUAUUUGUUGUGUCAAAGGGGAGAAGAAGCAUGUGGCUGCCUCAAAGCUUUGGUUUACUGUCUAUGUUAAGUAGUCUGACUGGGGCCUGAAGAAAUUUAUCCAAGUGAAUGAAGGCAGCAUUUUGGUCUAGUGGCCCAAUUACAAGAGUUUUUGUAAUUUGCCUUUCAUUUAAUAGACCACCCAGGUCUGUCAGCAAAUAUGACAUCUGUUUUCUGCAUGAGAAAGAGGGAGGCUGGUAGGUUGUCUAGCAUAGGCAGCUGUAGUUGUUUUAAUCUGUUUGUGUAAAUGAAAACAAAAGAAAUGUUCACCACCUUGUACAUUUCUCUCUUAAUCUUAGCAACUUGUGAGACUUGGUUUCUUUAGGACAGUGUGUAUCUGGUCAGAUUCGGGGCAGUUCUGUGCUUGUUUACAUGGAAGAUACAGAACAGAGGCUUAGCUCUCUUGUUUUACUCUUGGGACAUAGCGAGAAGAUGAUGGUACAUUCAAGUCUUAGCUCAUGUUACUCAUUUAGAAACUCUUUCUUUAGCUGAUUUAAAUAGCAGCAUUGAAAACGCUUUGGUGGAGUAAGACAAAUGUAGGCCCUGGCAAAAAACCUGAUGCUUAGAGUUUGGAGCUCAGGUGGAGGAAAAGUAAAGCAGAAAAAAUUCAGGUGACUCUAAGGUCCCAGUGAAAUGCAGAAGAUCCCAGAUAUUUUGGUUUCUUGAGGCCUAAGCAUAUUUAUUGGUAUAGAUAUAGAGCAAAGUAGUGUUGUCUUAUUUGAGUUUAUGUUAAGGAUAUCUUAACAGUACUGAUGAGAAAUAAGUAUUGUUAGGGAAAAAAAAAAAAAAAAAGCAGUGUUCAGCCACUUUUUAAAAGUCUUAAAUAGUUUGCAAUGUAGUUGAAAGCAGCCUAGUCUAACUGUGGUCUCUUUCCUUCCUUUCUUUGCAUCCCCAAACCCUCUUUGAAAACAAACAGGCUGUGAUUAGGCUGUACUACUCUAGCUGACCGUUUGUUAAAUAAGGCCUGUAUUGAUGAUGGGCUUAAGAUGUCUCUUAGUGUCACUUCCAUGAGAUGGAUUUAAUAUCACUGGCCUUGCAGUUAUGGCCAUGUAGGCUACCAGAGAGGUGGGACAUGCUUUGCAGUUCUGCAUGGGCUGUUGCAGUCCUGCCAGGUCCUGAGGCCACCUCAGCUGUUCCCUCUUGAAAGCACUCCAGCCCAUGAGGAUGCUACAUCUGCAAAGGUACUUCUGGAAGUUGACCCUUGACCUGAUGGAGUUGCGGAGUAAAAUUCACAUGAGCAGUACAGAGAACGUACAGCACUACACUGGAAAAAAGAUCAUUUUUUCCCCCUAACCAAGGUGUAGGUAAGGUAAGAACACUGCAUAGCAGUGUUUCACAUAGAAAAUGUAACAAUUGCUGUAACUUCUAAAGAGGUUUAUCCUUUUUACACUGUGGUUUAAACUUCAGAGUGUAAAUAUAUUAGAACACUUUGUAUUCACAAAGUAGAGGGUAUGUGGAAAUGAUUGUGAAUAGACAAGACUUCCAAUAACUGAAUACAUAUUUAACGUGACAGAUCUUGUGUUGAUUUUAAUAGAUGACUGACUUACAGGGAUUCAGAUCAAUGACGUUACACUUUAAUCUCAGUAAAUGCAUCUGUGUCUUGUUACUGGAACUCUUGAGGCAACUUUCUCCUUUUUGUAACUGUAUGUAUAUAUGUGUAACUUUAAUAUUUUGAGGGGGGGUUGUUGGCAUUGGUUUUUGGUGGAUAUUUUUUUGAAUAUAGUAAUACAUUUUUUAAAAUGUACUAGAUAAGCCACAAAAUGUAUUAAAGGUGAAUGAUCUGCCAAAUGAA